GCUUGCAAACUUCACGCACGUAACCUGCGCUGGACAUCGACUCGCUCGUAUCUAACUCAGGGAAAAUGUAUAUUGAUUUUUCAAAGAAAACUCAACCGAUGUAACAAAACACCGUUCGCGGAGUGUUUAUACGCGUAUUAAAACGUCGCGGUCGAUGUGUUGUAUCGCCGAGAUGGUGCGACGGUGUAUCUCGGCGUGUUUUAAGUGAGAUCAUAGUGUGUUGCGUCGCUAGGCCGUUUGCCCGGAGCCUGGCUGCGGCCAGGGCCUGGGCGCGCCAUGGACGCCGCUGACCCGCUGCGAACGGCUAGGCAGUUAGGUCGUGAUUUGUGCUGAAUUCGCGAAUCGUCAAGAAAUUGGAUACUGCAGUGAGCAUAAAAGUGUAUGUAAGAACACAAGUUUUAUAGAUACUUUGUUGAUAGUGUGUAAAAAAUGUGUUUGCCAAAUACAAACUGUGUUACCAAGGACAGUACAUAAUCUUUGUUUCAACCGUCUAUCAAAUGCAGCAGUUCCACAUUAAUUGGGAGGACGGCGAGGAGAAGCCGAAAGCGGCGGAGAGUCAGGACGAUGGCUACGAGACGAGCAACAGCGGCGAGGCGCGGCGGAAGCCCUCCAGCGCUGAGGGUUCCCCCGCGCCCGUCCCUCCCCGCACCCCUCCGCCUGAACCGCCUUUCGAGCCCCUUUUACAACGGCCCUUCCCUUCCCCCUACCGCCAUUUUGAACCUCCAGCGCCGCCACCUCAUCACGACCCGGAACCAUACCAGCACUUCCCCUUUCCAAAGUACAACCAAGACGCGUACUUCAAACGAGAACCAGAGGCACCGUACGACAUGAGCCAACAAAUGCCACAUCAGUUCGGUAAACGUAGUGAGGACUUAUACAAUGGUAUCAAGCAAGAGUGCGAGGACCCUUACUCCUUUGUGGAGGACGAUGCUAUGUGUGCCAUGUUGGGACAGCAGCAUCAUAUGCCGCCGCAUAUGCAACAUCACGAACACCUCCCGCAUCAGCAUCCCCACAUGCAGAUGCACCCGCAGCAAAUGAUGCUCAAUCAACCGAAGAAACGUGGUCGAAAGAAGAAAAUUAAAGAUGAAAAUGGUAUGGAAAUCAAAACGGAAGGCUUAGAGGGCGCGUUAAUACCAAGACCAGUGAAGGAAAGAAAAAAGCACGACAGAUUCAAUGGAAUGAGCGAAGAGGAGGUGUCAAGACGGACGCUGCCCGACCACUUAUCGGAGAACCUCGACAUCAUCAUUAUUGGUAUUAACCCGGGACUUUUUGCGGCGUACAAGGGUCAUCAUUACGCGGGUCCGGGAAACCACUUUUGGAAAUGUCUGUAUCUGUCCGGGCUUACGAGGGAACAGAUGAGUGCUGAUGAGGAUUACAAGUUACUGAAUUUCGGCAUCGGUUUCACGAAUAUGGUGGCGAGACCGACCAAGGGUUCAGCAGAUUUAACGCGACGUGAGAUUAAGGAAGGUUCAGCGAUACUGUUGGAGAAGUUGCAGACAUUUCGGCCGAAAGUCGCUGUGUUCAAUGGGAAGCUGAUAUAUGAAGUAUUUUCUGGGAAAAAGGACUUUUGCUUCGGGAAACAACCUGAUACGAUCGCUGGGACGAAUACGUACAUGUGGGUGAUGCCGUCAUCAUCAGCUAGAUGCGCUCAACUGCCGAGAGCAGCGGAUAAAGUGCCGUUUUACGCGGCGCUCAAAAAGUUCCGGGACUACUUAAAUGGAUUAGUAGCGCACGUGGAUGAGGCGGAACUGGUCUUUCCGGAUAAUACGAGUAGACGCCCGCAGGAGGAGAUGGAGAUUCGCAGCACGUCCAUCCACAGGCUGACGAUGGAGCCGGAACCGGGUGACACGAUCAUACUAGAAGAUGGAACAGAAGUUCCUCUGAAAAAGAAGAGAGGGAGACCGAAGAAGAUCAAGUUGGAGAAUGGGGAAACCGCGCCGCCCACUCCGAGGGCACCUAGGCAGCCGCGCGCCCCGCCAAACUUAGAUCCGAACGCCGAACAACCGCCCAAAAAGAAGAGAGGCAGACCGAAGAAGAUAAGGCCGGAAGAGCAACAGUUUUUGAUGCAGCAACAGCAACAACCGCCGCAGCCACAGGUGAGCUCCGAUCCUAAUACAAUGCUCCAGCCUCAAUUGUCGUCAAUGUCAUCAUUACCCCACGAGCAGUUCAUGGGUCACGGUGACUUCCCUUCGCAGAUGCCAUCUCCGCUCCAGCAAGGGAUGCUGUAUCAGCACCACCAGCAACACCAACAGAUGCCUGAUGGCUCGCCGUAUUAUCAGCCCAAUAAUGGCGGUGGCAUGGACUCCCCACUAGACGUCUCUGGGUCUCUGGGACUAGGCCGUGCCGGGUAUGUGUCCCCUCGCGGGGUGUACGCGUCCCCACGGUCGCAACCCUAUUCGCCAACACCUCAACGGUUAGCCGCAACUCCACAGCCGCAGGGGCAGGGGCAGCAGUUCCCCUCGAGUCCCGCGGCCUUUUCGGCCCCGUCUCCCCCGCGGGGGUCGUUCGGCUCCCCCGGCGUUCGAGUGGGGGGCACUUUUGCCGCACGCUCGCCCCUCUACGCUAGUUCUCCCUCGUAUCAGCAGCCGAGCCCAGCGCCGCAAACGCAGCCAAGGUUCGCACACGAGCAGAUGGCGUAUGGCAGGGAUCCUGGUGCACAGUCGCAAACCGUCCCCUACUCGCAGUCCCCUGUGCCCGCGGUGGGAGUGAUGUCAGGGGGUAACAGUACUCCCUUCCCCGCGGCAUCACCGGCCGGUGGUACGCUGCACUCGUACACACCGUCGCCGGCUCACACGCCCUACAGCCACCACUCGUCGCCCGCCGCCCCAGCGCCCCUGACGCCCGCCUACACCGAGUCGCAUCACUUCGCACAGGGUGGAGGUUCAAACGGUGGUUCGGGUUCAUACGGCGGUGAAUUAUCACAUGAGAUUGGCGCAGCGAUAUCCUCUCCCGGGGUUGUUUCCCCCGGGAUGGCAACUCUGGACUUUGAGCCGCCCCGGGAUGACGCAAGCCCCAUGGGCAGCACGGAUAUGCACCCGGGAAGCAAUAGUAAUUCGUCCCUGUCAGAUUAUAAUAAGCAACCCAGCGCAAGCGGGGCGGAAGUGUCCCCUGGGCCCGGGGCUUCUUCAGGCGCCUUUAGCAACAUGUACGAGAGGGAGAUGCCCUAUGACGCAGACAAGCCGCACGACUACCACUAUGCGCAGGAGCAGGGUAACGGUGUCCCAGAGAGUCCGCGGUUAGACCAGUUACAUCAGCAUCCCUCCAUGUUCCCUAGUAAUUUCAAUAGAUCGACACCACCGGUGGGCGAAGAAACUGCCUUCUCUCCGAUGGCGUCUACAGCCUUCAGACCUGCUGAGCAUCAUCAUGGGCCUGGUUCUCCAGCCGAAUACGGCGGUACCGAAAGCGGACCUGGCACACCGAAGCCCAAAAAUCAAGAUGUCUCAGCCAAAAGUCUUUCAGGGUUAGAAUCCCUGGUGGACCAGAUACCCUCAAUCGCGGAGGGGGGCGCUGGUGGAGGGGCGACGGGGGGGACAACGGAGCCCCCAGCUCCUGCGGUCCCCGCUUUGCCUGACUACACUCCGGCGCUCUAUCCCCCCUAUCCGGCGUAUGGCACGCCGGCAUAUGGGAAUAAUGGCUACGGUGGUCCGUUCGUGGGCUAUGGGGGCGGAUGGGGUACCCAGCUAAUGCGGCCUGCCCCGGGCUAUCUCCCGGACUGGCAGUAUGGCUACGCCCCUGGCUAUGCGCCCUACAACACGCCCUACUACAAUGGAUAUGCAGGACCGCCUCCUGCGCAUCAUCAGCAGGCCCACUACCUAUCAGCGAGUCCACUUCUAGACUUGCACAAGAAUGCGGAGUCGUCUGUGCCCUCAGUGCCGUCGGUACCCUCUGUCGGCUUCGGCGGCUUCUGUUAGUGAAUCUCUGCCCUCCACAGUGCAAACAGUUGCUCACAUAGAAACCUGCCAGUGUAUUAUUGAAGUAAAUAUGAAUCUGUAGACCUGGUAAAAGCAAGUUCUUCCUGCUGGUUUGAACAAAAACAUUUGUACAGUCUCGAAUGUAUCAAAUCAUGUCGCUUAGCGAGGCGUUUUUAUAUGAGCAACUGUUUAAUCUGUGCUAGUGUGAUCGCCCCCCUUCGAACUGAUGAGCUUAAUUUGUAUCCUUUAUUUGUAAAUAUUGUAUGUAUUUAUUUUGGUGCAUCACAUUAGUUUCGAGAAGGCCCGUAUUUCUAAACGUGCUUGAGCCACGUUUGCCGAUACGGCCCUAGGAAUUUUUACUUAAGGGUUUUUUUUUUGAAUACGACUCGCGCGGGGACGUCGAGUACUUAAUUUAGUGGAAAUUUCGCCGGUAGAUGGCGCUGUUUUAAACUAGUAUUUCGUUUUUAAAUGUACAUUUAUUUUAAAUAGCGCCAUCUGUUGACGGUCUUGGUUCCGAAUUGGAAAUUUAGUGGUGGUAACUCUUGCCAAUGUUUGUCGCGUUCUAGUCACUUUGAUUCGUGUCGGCUAGUCAAAUUUAACUGAAGUUUGCGGCCCCGCGCGUGGCGCUACGGAAUUUUUUUAUCUAAGUCACAUGAGCGGCCUAUGAAAAUUUAUUUUUAGUUACGUGGAGUUGGUAUUUACAAAUUUAAGCAUUUUAUACAGUUAUUAAGUGACUUAUCGGCCAUCUUGGCGUGAAAUCAAUCAUAAAUCAACUCAUAAACGUCGCUCAGCUAUUGGUAUGAAAUGGAGAGCCGUUUAGUUAAGCGGAGUUUAUAAGUGAGCUUAAAUGAUACAUACAAAUGAGAUGUGUAUUAUUUGCAACGUCCCGCUCAUUCUUAUGUUAACUGUCAGUGUCAACUGUCAUCGUGCAUUUUAAUGUUACCCACAUUUUGCUAUUAAGAUUUGCGGAUUUUAAUAACGAAAAUAGCUUCGGAUCGCUAGUGACUAGCAUAAUUUUACAUUAAAAAUCUAUAUUUUAUUAUUCGUGCGCCAUUUUACUCUAAGGAUAUGUUGUACGACUGUUUACGUAUAGAUUUAUUUUCGAGUUAAUGCAUAAUUUAGGGUGCUGUGGGUAUUUUGUUAACGCUAAAGGUGGGCGGGGAUUUUGUCACACGCCAGUGUUGCCAUUUUUUAUUCUUGAAAUCUCCGCGCAUUUCUAGUUUACUAUUUCCUUGUCUUUAGUACGUUUUUUUCGUGUCACCGUUUGAAUGGGGUAUGGUGUUUUUAGCAAUCUUGUACAAAAUUUCUUUUUGCACAAAAAUAAGUUAGAUAAAAACGAAAACAUACGUAAUAAAGACAUAUACGUUUAAAGCUAGGUUUACAUGAAAGAAUUUAUAUAUUUUAGUGAUGGAAGUCGCGUGGACGGUCGCAAGCCGUCGGUUUGUGCUCAAUGCGUCGCGGGUGUGGCGAUGCCUAUCGGGGCGGUGUUAGAAGCGAAUGACAUUAAUACAAAUUUACGGACUAAUUUAACGCGCUAUUGGCCGAUACGUAUACAUAUGACUGGAAUUUUUGAUUCCAUAACGACAUAAUACCAAAAAUAAUAAAAAUGUACUGUGAGCGAAUAUAGUAUUUGACAGUUCAAGCGUGGUCACGUGACUAUUUUGACGGGCGAUGGCGGGUCACGCCUGUCUCGAAGUGUAUUCGUCUUUGGUAGAUUUAAGGGUAAGAUUCUGAGUAGACGUAUCGCUGAGUAUCGCUGUCAUAUGUCAGAAAGCUAUUGGAUUUUGACAUAUGGCAGAAUUCUCGCUAAUGACCGAGUCUUAGUUCGGGAAACUAAUAUCUGUGGACUUUAUUUAUUAAUAUUGCUCCAACUAUAUUUAACCUUACGAUUUGUCAAGUAUCAAUAGCGAUUUCUCAAUUUGUUCGUUAACAGAAACGUUCACGUCUUAGCUUUUCCAUACAAAAAUCUAUUGACUAUAGCGAACCGAGAUGUCGAGAACAUAAUUUGUUUUAAAUACCGCCUCAUUCGAGUCCUAUACGACUUUUGAUAAGAACAAAGAGCCGACGUAAGUAGGUUAGCGAGUAGUGGCGUGUAGCGUAAGGUUUUGCAUAUUUUCACUUGUGAUAUUGUAUGGGGAGUGUUGAGCCCUCUUUGUUCCUAUUAGAACACCAUGUAUAUAUAUUAGGUAUUUAUUUCGUGGAAUUCUCGUUUGGCGCAUCGCCGCACUGUUACGCAUCUAUUUAUUCAAAUUUCGGUCAAAUUAUUUUAAAAAUGUAAAAAACAGGGUAUCUAAGAUUGCUUAAGAGUUUUAUUUAUUUUAAGUUUCUCCUCGCGCUUACUUUUCCGUACUUAUUUUUUUAGGUGUUCGCCUCCGACAAUGUAAAAUCAAUUUGUGAUAUUUAUAUUAACUGCCAAAAGUUUUGUUUUGUGACUUUUGUCAUGUCGGUUGGGACGUUUUCGCUACGAAGACGCCUCAUGUAAAUAUGAGGUACUUUGUACUUCUUAGUAGUUUAUGCGUAAUACUUUUUUGUUUUGUGUACAUAUAUUUUGUUUUGAGUACUUAAGUUUCUAGUUUCGUGUCGGUUACGCUGGCUGAAUGCGAUAUCAACCAAUAUCCCAUUUAAAUUAUUACUACCAUUAUUGGAAUAUAUGACGCAAGCAAUGCAGUGAUGCAGUAGCUACUGAUAUUAGCCGUUCAGGUAACCGACACAGCUUCUUGGCCUAUUCUCGAAUAAGUUGUGAUCGUAUUGUGUUCCAGUCUCGAAUAUUAAAGUGUGCAAUGUGAAUCGAUGACCGCUUGUAUUGAACCGUUCGGCGACAAUCGUUCGCUGACUUUGCCGUGUCAGGAAUAAUCUAAGUCUAGUUCUAAGUCUCUAUCAACGAGUUAGUUUAAGUGCGCAGCGUUACGUGCGCGCACGCAUUGGCGUGCGUAUAGCGCUGUGUGCGCGUACGUUGGAAGUACGUAUGCGUGCGUAACGAUGUAUCUAAUCUCUCUAAGUGCUACGGUUCGUUGCGCAGACGUAUAC